AUGAAAGUUCCUCCAGUAAACGAUUUUUUGACCCAAAAAGGGAACAUGGGAAUAGAUAAUAACUCAUGUAGUUCGAAAAAAAAAAACAGUAAAAUUAUUUCUUAUUUAAAAAACGAAUCUAAAUUUUAUUUUCUUUUUUCAAGUACAAAAGGAAUAAAACGAAUGCAAUAUUUAAAAAAUAAUGACGUAUGUAAUAAAUCAAAUUUUCACAAUAACAGAAAAGAAAUAAACAAUAUUUAUAAGAAUUCGACUAAUUCGACUUUACCAACAAUGACCAAUGCCAAAGUAUAUGUAAAAAAUGAUUCUGUAUAUAAUAUACCUAGAAUAUCCACUAGCGAGGGUAACAGCCUUCCUUUGGAAUCACCACCAGGAAAAAAAAAAAGAAAAGAAAAGCCUACUCUUCUUAACAAAAUGAUAAGAUACAACAACGUAAAAGAAGAAUAUGAGCACUCUGAGAACUGUUCUAGCAAAUAUAAAAAAUAUUAUUCUAUAAUAAUAAAAAAAAAAGUAAUGUUUCCAAGUGAGCACAAUCUUACUGAUAUGAAGUAUAAUUACCAUAACAAUUACAAUGAUAUGAAAUAUAAUUCAUUUAUAAAGGGGUAUAAAAGUGAAGAGAGCUCAGGAGUAAAUACGCCAAAUAACAAAAAUAAUUUACUUCCAAAAGUUGAUAAUAACUUUAUUAAUAAUAACAUCACGGUUAAAAGAACUAUGUGUGAUGUGAAAAAUACUAAUUUCAGUUGUGAUAAUUUAUUACAAAUAUAUGAACAUAGGUACCUUCAGACUAUUUCAAAAUCAAGCAGAAGAGUAACUACAGCUAGAUCAUUUCAGCAAACAAACAAUUCUCAACGUGUACUAUGUGAGCGUCUUCCUAGCUUAAAUAAUAGCACAAAAGUGAGCCCUACGAAUUAUAUUAAGCGCAACAGUCAUAGUAAUCAUAGUAGUAAUAGUAAACAAAGCAACUGUAGCACUGAUAGUAAACAUAGUAGCCAUAGUUAUUAUGCGAAAGAGAAAAUUGAAGCGAAUCAAAAGGAAGAACACGACCUUAAUCUUUAUAUAAAUAAUUCCGAAAUGACAAAUAACAAUCCUAAUUAUAAACAAAUAAACAAAUCAUAUAGCAUGCAACAUAAAACAAAGACAACAGUAAAACAUGAUUUAAGUAGAGAACAUAUAAAUGAAAAGGGUGUCAUUGAAAAAGCUGGAAAUUAUGUAGGUAAUAUGGACGAUGUAAACAUUUCAAAAAUACAUAAAACAAGCACAUAUGAUAUGGAGACAUGUCUUUCUAAUCAUUCAUAUAAUAUUCAAGUUAAUGAAUCUUCCAUACAACAUCCCAUUUUUAAUGAUAAAAAAAAAUCAAACGACACAGAAAAAAUUAUAAAAAAUGUAGACAAUGCUUGUAGUUACGGUAGCAAUAACCUUCCUCCCAUGCAUAAAGAAGGGAAGGAGCAAAAAGUUGUAAAUUAUUAUAUCAAUAAUUGUAAUGUGCAUAACGAUCUAAUGAGACUAAUAGGCAAAGAAAUAAAAUUAAGCAACUAUAAAGAGUACGAAUAUUAUUUAAAUGAAUUAAAAAAUCAUAAGGAGAUAUCAAAAAAAAUAACUAAAUUUAUACCUUAUCAUAAUGUGAGGAGUAAGAAAAAUCAAAUCAAAAAAAAAAAAAUAUAUAGUGAUCGCUUAAGGAAAAAGAAACAUACCCAAGAGGUGACGCAAGCAAGCAAUUUAGAAAAAAUAAAAAAAAGGUCGAAGAAAAAAGAGGUGAUCAAGAAAGGAGAUAGACAAAAGUAUUUACAAAAUAUAAUUUAUGGAGAAAACGCAGGGGAAAAGAAAAACUGUAAAGAUGAAAGAAGCAAGUGUAGUGAACAUACUAAUGAUGUUCUAAUUUCGGAAUUAAGAAAUGAGGUGUACGGUAAUGCCCACCAGCUGAAAGAUGAUAAAUUAGUAUGUGAGGGAAACAAUGAACAAACAAACAUAUGUAAAAAUCUGAAGUUAGAAAACAAUAUCAAUAUGUCUAAAGAAGAAAAUAAUAGCACUACAGAUAGUGCAGAUUCUCUUAGUCUUAAGAAAUCUAGUACUCAUGAAUACAAAAAUGGUAAUUUAAUAGGAAGAAAAAAUGGUAGUAGUAAUAGUAGUAGUAAUAGCAGCACGAGCAGUAGUAGUAGUAGAAGUUCCCGUAUUUGUAUAGAAAUCGAUAUGAAGAUGACCGAUAAAGGGGACUAUAAAAAUGGAAAUAACUCAAAAAAUGUAACAAUAAACAAAAAAGACAUAUUAAAACAAGAUAAUAAAAAGUUAUUGCUAAAAAAUAGUGGACUACAUGAAACUUUUGCGAAAAAAGAUAGCACUAAUAAUUCAAAAUUAAGAAAAGAAGAUAGAAAACACACAAGCAUUGUGAACAAUGAUUUAUAUAAUAACUGUGGAAUUCAUAAUACUAUCAAGAAUAAUAGUUAUGGACUUAAAGAAGUCCGUGAGAACAUAAGUAGGGGACAUAAUACUCAAAUAACAAUUCAUAAGGCUGUAAAUUCCAAUUCAAAGAAAUAUUUUUUUAUAAAGAUUGAGAAUAAGGAACAAAAUGAAAAACAGCAUAAGCUUAAAAAUAAGAGCUAUCCUUUAAAAGAAUAUAAAAGUAAGGCAACAAAAUUAGAAAAUGCAAAAAUAUGCUCGGAGAAUGAGAAAAAAUGUAGAGAUCGUAAUAUCAGUGGGGAUACAAAUGAUGUAACACAAGUGAAAAAAAAAAAAAAUUCUUUCCAUAACAAUAGUAAUAAUUAUUGUAGGGAAGAAAAAAUUUGUAGCCGAAGUAACCCUAUCAAGACACAGGGGACGAAUGAAGAUAACGUUUUUUUCCCCAUAUUUAUUGUCCGUAAAAGCAGAAUAUAUAUAGAGGGAAAUAUUAAUGCAUAUAUGUACUUAGCUAAUAACAUAAAUUGUAUUAUUUGUAAUAUAUUCAAAUAUCAAAAGAGGAUUCUUCUUGUUCACACUUUUCUUUAUUCUUUGAAUCUCUUCGUAUUCUAUAACUUAUUAGACAGUGACACGUUAUAUGAACAGGCGAAUACCAACACUAAAGGAGUAAUUUGCAUAUUGUACUUUCUCAUCAUAGAAUUAUAUAUAUUAUUUUUAAAUAACGUAUUUUACUUUUUCAUAAAAUGUAAGUUAAGAAAAGCUGUAUUCGCUUUGGACAAAGUAAACUUAAUACAUACCUUGAGCAAGCUAUUUCCUCAAUAUUCCUCCCUCCUUAAGAAACACCUUUUUUCAACCGAUAGAAGUGUUAACUAUUCUUUUUAUAAAAACCUAGAUUAUAAAAAUAGAAGCCAUGAGGAAAAAGAUAAAAAGUCGCAGAAUUUAAGGUACUUCAAAAAUACUAAUUUUGUACUAAAAAAUGAAGGCUCAGUGCAUUUUGCUCAUGACGAAAUAUGCAAUAAAUGGGAAAAUAAUAUUUAUCAAAAAACAAAUAAUUUAGAUAAAUUAAUACGUAACAAUACACCUUCUGUAUAUUACAUUAGAGAUUGUAAAAAUAUGAACGAAAUGGACGAAGCAAAUAAAAAACUCAGACAACUAAUACGCGCACCAAAAGAUACCUCUUCACGUUUUAACAUAUCUAAAAAUUACAACGAUUCAUAUAAAUACAUAUCAGAUAAAAAUAUAUGUAAUAAUGCACGGUUUAUGGAUGAUACUCCAAGGGAGAAACAUACCGUCGUCUCAGUACGUGAACAAAAUGUAAAAAAGGAUAAAAUAAAAUAUACUAUAUUGAAGUUAGGGCGUGAACGUGAAUACAUUGCGAAUGAACAUAAAUAUACUUUGGAAGAAAGUAGAUAUACUAUGAAUGAAAGCAUAAUCAAUCUUAUUUUUUUCUUAUUCAAUAAACAAAAACAGCUAAAUUUAAAUCAAUUUUUCUUUUUAAAAUUAAGGAAAUACAGUAAUAUUUUAUUUGUUUUUUUUGCUUCUUUGUUGAUAUACACUACAGUAUUUUUGGAAAUAAAAGAUCCUUUCCAUUUUGAUGUAAAAAAGAAUUUGUUUUUCUUCAUUUUUGUGUCUCUUAUAACACUCCUUCAAGUAAUUUUUUGUAUAAUGAUAGAUAUUGAAAAAGUAUUUAUUCAUAAAAUGAAAACAUUCCUAAAUAUAAGGACAAUAAAUUUGUAUUAUCAAUUGAAUUCAUACUUAGAUUUGCAAUGUUAA